AUGCUACUCUACACGCGGAAAACGACAGAUCGUUCCAGUACUACCUACUCCCUGCCGACACAAACCCAUCACAAAUUGACCGAGCUCUGUACUCCAAUCACAGAUCCAAGCGCGGAUGCAUACGCCGUCGCACAAUUCGACGCCGCUGUGAUAGGACGUCGUGUACCGAUUACUCCUGACUCUGCUGUCAAGCGAGAAGAUGGCAACGUCGGCGCCGCCUUGUACGCCACCUACAACGAUGAAAAUGUCUACGGGCACUCGAGCCCUUAUAUCAAGGAGGCCGGCGAGAAGGUCAAGCGAGAAGAUGGCAACGUUGGCACCGCCUUGUACGCCGCCUACAACGAUGAAAAUGUCUACGGGCACUCGAGCCCUUAUAUCAAGGAGGCCGGCGAGAAGGUCAAGCGAGCAGAGGGCAACGUCGGCACCGCCCUGUACAAGGCCCUCUCCGAUAGAAAUGUCUACGGGAGGUUGACCCCUUAUAUCCAGGAGGCCGGCGAGAAGGUCAAGCGAGAAGAUGGCAACGUCGGCACCGCCUUGUACGCCGCCUUCAACGAUGAAAAUGUCUACGGGCACUCGAGCCCUUAUAUCAAGGAGGCCGGCGAGAAGGUCAAGCGAGCAGAGGGCAACGUCGGCACCGCCUUGUACAACAUCCUCGCAGAUUAUGUCUACGGGAAGUUGACCCCUAAUAUCAAGGAGGCCGGCGAGAAGGUCAAGCGAGCCGAAGAAAAGCGCGCGGAAGAGUAA